AUGGGGUCCUGGCUGCCCCUGGUCCUCCUCCUGACCCUCCUUGGCAGCUCACAUGGAACAGGGCCAGGUAUGACUCUGCAACUGAAGCUGAAGGAGUCUUUUCUGGCAAAUUCCUCCUAUGAUUCCAGCUUCCUGGAAUUACUCGAAAAGUUCUGCCUCCUCCUCCAUCUCCCUUCAGGGACCAACAUCACCCUCCUCCAUGCAGGAUCCCCACAUCACGUUGUCUGCAGCUCCUGA